AUGACCGAUACUACCACCGCACCCGUUGUUGAGGCCCCUGUUGCCGUCCCCGCCGUCACCAAGGAGGAGACUACCCCCGCUGCCGCUGUUGAGACCGCUGCUGCCCCCGAGGUCGCCAAGGAGGCCGUCGCCGCCGAGGCCGUCGCCACUGAGGCUACCUUCUCGACCGCUGUCGAGCCCUCUGAGAACCCCGUCUUGAACGGAGAUGGCACCCCUCUCGAGGCUGCUGCUGCCACCGAGGAGACCCCUGCCAUCGUCAUUGUCGAGGAGACCACCACUGAGGUCGUUGCUACCCCCACCACCGAAGAGGCCGCCGCUGCCUCCACUUCCAAGGCCGAUAAGAAGAAGUCCUGGAUCAGCAAGCUCACCAGCAGCUUUAAGAAGUUGUCGGACAAGAAGCCCAAGGUCGAGAAGGCCGAGAAGGCUGCUCCCGCCCCCGCUGACAAGCCCGCAGCUGCCGACCCUGUCGAGACUACUGCCGCUGCUGAGGAGACUCCUGCUGUUACCGCUGCCGUCGAGGAAGCCGCCCCCGUCGUUGCUGCCACUGAGGAGGCCGCUGCCUCCACCCCCGCUGUUGUCGAGGAGGUCGUUGCUGUCAUCGUUGAGGAAGUUCCUGCUACUGCUACCGAGGCCGAGGUUGUUGCUGCCGCUGAGGAAGUCGUCACUCGUGCUGAGGAGGUCGCUACCACUGCAGCUGAGGAGGCCGCUGCUGAGCUCCCUGCCAUCCCCGCCACCGCCGAGAAGGCCUCUGUGCCCCUUUCCUCCAAGAUCAGCAAGCGCUUCUCGAUCGGAUUCUUCAAGAACAAGAAGGAGAAGAAGGAGAAGGCCGUUGCUGCCACCACUGAGGAGAAGGUCGAAGAGAAGGCUGAGCCCGUCGCUGAGGUUGCUGAGACUGAGGCUGCUGCUACCCCCGCUGUUGCCGAGGCUGAGGUCGCCCCCGCUGCCCCCGCCAAGGAGGAGACCCCCGCUGUUGUUGAGGAAGCUACCCCCGUUGUCCCCGAGUCUGCUGUUGAGAAGACUGCCGUCGCUGUUGCCGCCCACUAA